UCUGCCUCUCCUCCACCCUCCCAAAACCGUCGCUUCCCUUCGACUUUGCCUCUCCUCCACCCUCCAAAAUCAUUCGUUCCGUCGCCGUCUCCCGUCCCCCGACCCGGCCACUCCGCCCGUCCUCUCCUUCCGACGAACCCGCCACUCCGCCCUUCCUCUCCUUCACUCGCCCCCACAACCACGGAUCUCCAGUCCGCCGAUCCUCUGCUCUGCCGUUCCUCUUCCUUUCCUUGUCGCACCCCCAAGCCCAAGAACAAAACCCAGAAACCAAUAAACCCAGAUCUCUUCGAUCUGGUUGGAGAUGCAGCCAUGCAGGGACCGAAGUUGGGGAUCUGGAUUCUGGAUCUACGGAUUGGUGGGUGCGGCGGGAGGAUUAGUGACCAGUGGAGCCGUCACCGUCGCCGUCCUUCCUCUCCGGGAGUCGCCGUCGCCGUCCUUCCUCCUUCUCCGACUUUUGUUUGCGGCGGCAGGAUUGGUGGGUGGCUGGGUGUGAUAGUGCGACGGGAGGAGAGUGGAGAGAUGAGGAGAUGAGGAGAGGAGAGAUGACGGGAGGAGAGUGGAGAGAUGAGGAGA